AGCAACGCAGCAAAGCCUUCAGUGCGGCUACAGGAAACUGUACCAUAUGAAAAUACAGUCUCAAAAAUGCACACAAUAUGGUGUGCCUUGUAAUAAACAGUCGAAGAGAAAUACUGAAGACAAGAAGAUUGUCACAGUAAACACACACUCCUGUCAGUCAGUCUCCGCUUUGUUGCUUUGUACAUCCCGCUGCAUAAUGAACUGCUUCUGCAGCUGCACUUCACAAAGAAUCUGUCUGGCUGGUGUUGAUUUGAGCUGUGCUGAAUAUGUUUGCGACUCUUUCUACAGGAGACAUUAGAAAAGCAACAGGAGUGUCUAAAGAGGCAAAGGGAAGCCGUGAAAUACAGACUGAAAAAACUGGCAGCACGGCAAUCAGAAAUUACAAAAAGGUCCACAGUGAUAAAAGAGAACAUCAUACGGAAAUAUCUGGAGAUCCGGGCCGUCCUUGAUGAGGACCUGAGGAUCACCCUGUCCCACCUGGAGAUGGAGGAGCGGGCUGCAGUCUCUGCCCUGGAUGGGCUGAUGGAAAGGAACUGUUCUCUAAUCCAGGAAAUAGAGCAGGACCUGGCCAGACUCACUGUGGCAAUGGACCAGACCGACACAGACCCUGAUACAAUGUCUGUCUUUUCAUACCCUGAGCAGCAAGACACGGAGACAGUGGACAGAGUGAUGGAUCUGCUAAACAGCUCAGACCCGAGCAGUGUGAGGCUGGACGAAGCUAAAGCCGAGCAGAUCCUCAGCCUCGCCAACAACAUGCUCCUGCUGAUCAGCUCACAGACGCCUAUAAUCAAGAGCUUCACCAAGAGUUAUUCCAGCGAGGUGUGUUUGGAUCCGGAGACGGCCCACCCAAAGCUGAUCAUCUCCCCCCGUGGGGACAGCGCCAUCUACACAGACACCUGGCAGCAACUUCCUGACCUCCCUGGACGCUUUGACACCACCCUCAAUGUCAUCAGCUUGCAAGGAUUCAGCUUUGGCCACCAUUACUGGGAGAUUGAUGUGACUGGGAAGACUUACUGGGAGCUGGGCGUCACCUAUCCCAACAUUCCCCGCAAGGGCACCACUGAGGACUGCUGGCUGGGCCGGGGGGACGAGUCCUGGUGUGUGGAGUUCUUUGAUGGGGAGUAUACAGCCUGGCACGGAGGGGUGCCCCAUCAGCUGCCUUUCACCAAACGCUUCUGUCGGAUUGGUGUUUUGUGUAGUUUCCCUGCAGGGUUGGUGACGUUUCUUGAGGCAGAGAACAUGACGCCGCUGUUCUCCUUCUGUGCAGGAACCUUCUCAGACUGCCUCCACCUGGCUCUGUGUCCUGGCCAUGACCACAAUGGCACCAAUGCGCAGCCUAUUGUGAUCUGUAAUGCUCCAUCUCCUACCAGUGAUCUCUGAUUAGCUUUGAGGCUCCACAGAAAAGCUUUUAGUAAUUUGUUGCUAAGGCCCCACUUUUUAAUAAUGCACCAAUUAUAAAAGUUUAUAAGCAAGUAAUGGCUUCAUUUAUAUAUAUAUAAAAAAAUUAUGUCUUUGGACUAAACAUUUAAUGAAGAAUAUGUCACUAAUUAAAUAAAACAAUGAAUCUGUUACAGAUGCUUUCGGUGUCAUAAUAGGCUACCAGAUUUUUGAGAACAUUAAACAUUCACAGUAUGAACAGUAAUACUUGGUUGCUGGACUAAACUGGAAGUGUAACCUAUUUGGAUUGCCGUGAUUGAUACAUUCGUGGUUUAAUUAAAGAUAAUCACACUUCUGUAUUUGAAUUCUAGAAGAACCAAAAUAUAAUAUAUAUAAAUAUAGAUAUAUACGCUUUUGCAUCAUUUUGUAUUCAUUCUAUUUUAUUUGUAUUUAAUUUAGCCAACAAGAUAAUAUAUUAUGGAUUUUUGUUUUUAUAAUUGUUGGUAUAAUUAUAGAAAAUGUUGUCUGUUAGCACUCAACUCAUCUCAUUGUUUGUGAUUAGGGAUCAGAUUUCAAUUCAGACAUCCCACUGCAUCCCAAUACAAUUUAAUUUCCCAUGUGUGGACUAGGUUCAGCAGCACUAAAUUACGACCUAAGGUCAAGGAUCUGCAUUACAAACAUUACACACGGUGACGCCACAUUCCUCUGCUUAUGUCAGUGAAUUUACUACUUUGAAUUUACUCUCAAAUGAAAUGUGUUAUGUAACUAAAAUUGCCUUGCCUUGAAUGCAAAUCACGCAACACUUCGUGCAACAAUACAAAGAACAGCUUUCACCGAGUACGACUCAGUUCCCUUCGUUCGUACCAAGGAGCAUCAGAUCGCUCGUUAAACGAAACAUCACUACCUCAUGGGGGAUUCUUCCUCUGGGGAGCAUGAAUGUAUGCACACAUUUUGGUGCAAUUCCAUCCAGUAGAUGUUGAGAUAUUUCACAUAAUAAGGGAAACUUUGACCUGCUGGUGGCUCUAUAGAAGAAAAGACAGGAAAUCACUGAAGACAUAUAAUUCAUCCUCUGGACACCGUGGAUAUCUGUACCACAUGACAAUUCAGUUUUUGAGAUAUUUCUCUAAAAGCCCAAAACGUCAAAUUCAUAGUAGUACUCAUGACAAUCAUUGUCAUUUUUGGAGAUAUUUCAGUCUGGACCAAAGUGGUGGACAGAUCGACAUACCAACAGCCCAACAGGCUGAAAAUCAUCCACAGUACUAAUGCUUUAUUGAUGAGUUAUCCAGUUGUGGAAUAUCUGUCUGUCUUUCUAUUUGGUAAAAAUGUGGUUAUAAGUCUUGGCAAUCCAUUUUAUCAUGGGUUUCUCUUCUUUUUAAUAAUCUACCCAGUGUAAAGUUGGAAAUGGUAAUAAGCUAUUAAUAAAUGGAGUUUGGGCCAAAUGGUCUAACAGUCCUCAUGAAUUAGAGAUUUUGCUGAAGACACAAAGCAAAUGUUGGGGCAUAAACAUAAUCCAUAACACAUCACUAAAUUCUUUAUUAACCAUUAAUAAAGCUGUAAGUUACAACCAAUAAACACAUUAUAAAGGGUGCAUUAUUAAAAGAAUGGUAGCCUGCUUAUACUGAUAAUAAAUUAUAGUAGGAAGAUAGUUCCUCACAAGGAGAACACUACAUUUCUCACAGUGCCUGUAUUGCACUUUCAGAUGAAUGUACAAUAUAUUAGAAGUGUGGCCCAUCUCUUCAUUAAGAUCAUUAUACUGAGAAAAGCGGACCAUGAAAUUUUAAUGCACUUUGAGUGUACAUAUUCUUUCUGUAUGACAAAGUCUUGUUUAAGAGUUUCAUUUUUAUUUGGAAGUCAUAGAAGUUACUGAUACAUAAAUAUAUAAGAAGUAGUAUUACAUUUUACUUAGUAAUUUAUCCUUAAAUGCACCGAGUGUAUUUGGAUCCAAAGUCUGUGUUCAAACAAACAAUUGGCUUUGCAAAUAUGCUCUCUGAGCCUUUGUGUUGCAUUUGAGUGCAUUCUUAUCCUAUUCAAACUAAAUUCAUUCUAAUGAAUUUCAACAUGAAACAAUCUUUCAAGGCUGGUAGAGAUGAUAAUCUUGAUGUUGCACCAUUUAUUUGUCCUGUUUAGGUGUUCCCUAACAUGAGCAAUGUUCUGCCUAUUAUAACUAAGAAAAAUAAGUAUCCAAGAGCACAGUAAAAAAUCAAUAAAAGUGGGCACCUGGUUAUAUCACCUAGUAGAGCGUGCGCCCAUAUAUAGAGGUUUACUCCUCGACGUAGCGGCCGCGGGUUCGACUCCGACCUGCAUGUCAUUCCCCCUCUCUCUCCCCUUUCAAGUCUAUG